AUGGUUGGUCUGAGCUUCAACAUAGAGCAGACACCAACCGGUGGCGUCAAUGUCACUGUGCAGCCCGCGGGCGGGAUACAGGGAGAAGUGAGAGUGAACGGGGUGUCGCAUGAGGUCCCGGCGACCGAGUCUCCGACCCCGAGGCGCUCGGGCAAUCGCGGAGGUGCCGGCGCAUCGAGCUCAACUCCCAAUGCCGGACCCGAUAUGCACCGCUGCACGGUCAAAGGAUGCAAGGAUAAGCGUGGGGCAAGGACUAAAGGAUUCAAGGAUCUGAUGAGGCUGGCGAAACACGUGCUGACUGAGCACUCGGGCUCGACGCUUGCCUCUACGUUCCGAGAGGAAGGGUGGCACAAGGUGAAGGGCCAAAGCAAGGUGAAGAAGAAGAAGCCAGAGAAGGCUGCGUCCAAGAAGGUGGAGACCGAGGUGAAGAAGGAGAAGAGGAAAACAAAAACAUCCUUCAAACAGCAGCCGCCAUCGAGAGCGGAGGCCAGACAGAAGGAGCCGGUACAAUGGGCGCCCAACUUGUUUGCGCAGAGCCCAACUGCACAGGCCGCGGCAAGAAGGCAAGCGUCAGAGCAUAUGGAUGGCUCCUCGGACUCGGACUCAGACUCCGAAUCAGUCGUGAGUGACGACGGCUUGGGAUCGGACACCGAGUCGACCAAGGGGAAGGAAGAUGGCAUCGCGCAGACGGAGGAUGAGGAUGAGGGUGAAGAUGUGAGGCACAGGCCGCAGGUUGACCUGGUGGACGACAGCGACGCGUGGGAGACUGUGGUGAAGCUGGAGGCUGAGGACGUCGCCGAAGUCGCGAUGAACGACCCGGUUGAAACCGAACCCGCGAUCGUGGAGCCCGAGCCGCGCGUCGAGAAGCCAAACUCUCGGGUGCAGAGUCCAAAGUCGGAGAAGAAGAUGCCGCAGAGGACACCAAAGAAGGCUGAGACUCCGCGCAUGGACCCGCCGCGUCUCGAGCCAGUGUCUGAUGAGAUCCAUCCCUUUGCGGCUGAUGCACCGCAGAUUCACGGGACAUACGCUGACGACGGCGAUAGCGCUUUCACCUCCCUCGCGCUACGAUGUUUGCGGAGUCGUAUGGAAGGGGAUGGAAGGAAUUGGGGCCGCGGGAGGAAGCACGCAGAUGAGACGGCGCCGGCAACAAAGUUUUCAGACGCCACAGAGUAUGCGAGUUACCACCGCCUGCUCGUGCUCGAGGAUUGUGCGUCGGGGGCCGCCGACGAAUUCAAACUCAACCGACCGGUCACACGUUGGAAGGUUGCAAACGGAUUCACAUCCGCGGCGGCACUGACCAACGCGGCGAAAGUUGAAGGACUGUUUAGCGUGGUCAUGAACCGCGAUAGGAAGGCAGAAAACACGGCGUCGGACCCUCCCACCGAGGACGACAUCGUUGAAGUGAAGUACGCGAACGCUGAGUCGGUCAUCGGCGUGGUUGACAACAUUUCGCCGGAUGGCAACACGCUGUCUGUGUCGGUGAGGGCCGCCGACCUUCUCGGUGCAGAGGCGCUCAAGCAGGGUGCGGAGGUGACCGCUCGGACGGGAUACUCGCUCACCACCACCCGCCGUGAGUUUCACGCCGUUCAGGACACGGUACAGCGUCUCCACGCCCCGUUAGUCGCACCCCUGCUGCUGGGUCAACCAUUCUACACCGGAUGGAACAACGGGUCGACGGCUGUGACCGGUAAGGCGCUUGUGCCGGGAACGAAGCAGCAGGCGAUGCCGCUCCCCAUGGCCCUCGGCAACGAACCGAAGAACCUGUCGUCUGUUAACCGAGUGAUAGAAGGAUGGUGCAACAAUGGUACGUUCAACGCCAACCAGGCCAGCGCUAUUCGCCGGUGUAUCAGGCCCGGCGUUGUGAGCGGGGCUGAGACCAUACGGCCGUGCAUGGGCGUCGCGCUCUUGCAUGGACCACCAGGAACUGGAAAGACAAACACGCUCGUCGGGGUCGUCUCUGCCUUGCUUUUGUGCUCUCCCAAACCGCGGAUCCUGCUCUGCGCACCAUCCAACGCGGCCAUCGACGAGCUGGCGCUCCGCAUGGUCACGGGCCUGCUGGACAAGGAUGGUAAAAAGUGCCGCAUGAAGGAAGGUCAGCUUGUCCGCGUCGGUCCCAUCGAUCAGGUGUCGCACCGGAUGCACCCGCACGCGCUCAACACGCUGGUGGACGCCAGGAUGGACGGUCUCGUUGGUCGUCGGACGAAGAAAGAGGAGGACAGACAGCGCAAGGCGACGAUCAACAGCGCCCAGAUCGUGGCCGCGACAACAUCAGCCGCAGGCGGGGCGUACCUGACCGAGUCUGGCAUGGGGUUUGACUGCGUCAUAAUUGACGAGGCGGCGCAGGCGUCCGAGGCUGCGACGCUGAUUCCCCUUCGACACAGCGGCGGGAAGGAACAGCUCGAGGCCAAACGGCUCAUUCUGGUCGGUGACCACAUGCAAUUACCCACCACCGCCCAUGCCGAGGACCCCUCCCUGAGAAAGGCGUAUGCUAUGUCACUGUUUCAGCGGCUGGAGGCAUCUCACCCGGCUGUGGCCUUGACUGUACAGCACCGCAUGCACGCGGAGAUUGCCAAGUGGCCGGCAAAAUAUUUCUACCGCGGUGAGUUGGAGAACGCGGCUGACUCGCCGACGGAGUCCCCGUUCAAUCAGUGCGGUGGCGAUGGAGCCGUGUGUUUAGACGGGCAUCUAUUCCGACUAAAGCCUUACGCGUUCCUGGACUUCCACGGCGAGGAGGCGGUGGGUGCCCAGUCAAAGUCCAUCAUGAACGAGUCCGAGGCUAAGAUUGUCGCUGCGGUGGUCAAAGCUGCGAGGAAAUGGGCGCGGGUCGAGGCGUCCGUCGCCGUCAUCACCCCGUACCGCGAGCAGCGGGAGCUGAUCAUCAAGAACGUGGACGACUCGUCGGUGAGGGUGGGCACUGUGGAUGGGUUCCAGGGUCAGGAGGCUGACAUUGUCAUCAUAUCCUGCACCCGAACUAAGCAGCUUGGGUUUCUCGAGGACGAGCGGAGGCUCAACGUGGCUCUGACGCGGGCAAGGGAGUCCCUUCUCAUCGUCGGAUCUGCUGAUUUCAUGCGUCGCAAGCGGGGUCCGUGGAAGGAUCUUGUCGACGACGCUCACGAAAGGGGAUGCUUGCACCCCGUGGUACCGGCGGGACCCGAGCACCCCAACGGAAGGAGGGUCAGCAUACCGGAUUAUGAAUCCUGCGUUCUCAAGAGGAAGGCUGAGACGCAGGAGAGGGCCCUCAACCUCGACGUCGCAAAACAGCUCGAGCUCGCCAAGAAAUCCAAGGCUGCUGGUGGCAAGCGGCCGAGUGAGGCCAGUUCACAGCUGGCGGCCAAGAAGAACCGAAUCGCCGCCGACGUGGAGGCUGUGAAGUGUGGACCACGCGUUCACAAGUUUGAGCCAAAUAAGACGGAUCGCCAAGCAAGGCAGCCGCAACACCCCCAGCAGCAGCAGCACCGAAAGGUUGUGAAGACGAGUCCCGCUCAGAAGCGGAGGGAGAGAGAAGAGAUGGCGCGGAACGAGCGGAACGAGCGAAGGGUGCUCCAGGAAAAACUCGCCGAGGAGCGACGAAGGGAAGAAGCUCAACGCAGGGACGAAGAUCGACGACAUAAAGAUGAGUGGCGGCGGCGGCAUCAAGAAAGCGUUGACCUUCGAGACAGGCUUGGAGGGCGUGGUCCGCACCGCUACGACGAGAGGAAUUACAGGCGCCCCGACAACACGACACGGGGAUACGAUAGAGCCUUAUAA